AUGGUGCAGCCUCGCCGCUACACCAGGGAGCAGAUCCUCUUCGUCCUCCGCCGCGUGGGGCAGAGGAGGAGCCCCGUUAUAGUACAAGAAUAUAACGCGCGCUACGCUCGGGAAGGCAGCCAGAUCACUGCCAAGCAGCUCAAGUAUAUCCGCUUGACAUACGGCAGCGACCCGGCCUUCGGUACCCUGACUACCCCCGCCCCUCUCUACAACCAAGUCCGCAGGGCGAGCAAUCGUCCUGCGGCACAAUCUAACCCUCCGGCGCCUGCGGGGCCGGUGACGAGGGAGGCUGAGCCGACCCUCAACCGCGAGGCUGGAGGCGGCCCAGCCUACUUUGUCCCGCCCCAGCAGGUGGCUACCGAACCAUACGGGAGCCAGCUGCAGCGUCUCGGAGAGGGUUAUACCUACUCUGAGCCGCCAAGCUGGGAGAGUUUCGUUGUGCGUCCGGAGGAGGACGCUUUCGAUUUUAAUUCUCCCUUGGCUCCGAGCUCGCUCGGUAGUCGACAGGGCAUCGAACCUGGCUUGGACGCAGCUGGUUCGAGCAGUGCGGGUCCUCGUCGGGACGGAGAGGGAGAGUGGGCAUCCGAGGCCCACGGCGAGUGCCCAAUCAUGGGGACUCACCGUCAUGAACCGGAUGGGGGAAUUUACUUCCCCAACUUGGCCACGGUCUUAGACACGUGGCAGCUUAUGGAUUUGGUCACCCGCGACGGGGCCGCCCCGUUCGCCCUUGAAGGCGCAGAGCCGGGCAACGCGGGCGAUCGCCUCUUCGCUGGUGCUGGUCCAUUUGCCAGCGAGGGUUACGCUCCCAGUACGGGAGCUGCCCUUCCCACUCUCCCCCCCGGUCCUGCCCCCAGCACGCCCGUAUGGUACGGAGCUACAGCCGGUAGGUCUCUCUUCCCCGCCGAACACCCUCUAACCCCGGUCGAGCCGGCCCCCCUCGACCCCAGCUUCGCCGACCUAGUCGGUGGUAAUGACGACACGGCGCCUCCUCGCGGAGCCGCCCACCAGGAACCAACCGGGUUCCAAGGUCCGCCUCCGGUCGACUUCAAUUUCGACGUCGACGUCCCGGUCCCCGAGUUCGACGGGAUGGCUGCUGCCCUCGCUCUCGCCCCUGUCGCCCCUGUCGCUGCCGCCGCCGCCGCGCCGCCCGCCAUCGCCUCUCCCCGGCCUUUUACCUCUCCUUCUGCCGCGUCGCUCGCCCGUGCCGACCUCGACUCCGCUGUCGCCGCGCCCGCCCUCGCUCCUGUCGGUGCCGCCGCCGCAGCCGCAGACGACGACGACGACGAUGACGAUGACGCCACCAUCUCUCCUCUGCGGACGUAUCUCUCGCCCCCGGCCGCCUCUCUCGCCCGCGCCGCCCCUUCCCGCGACGCCAGCACUCCCAGCCAGGGAGGGGAGGAGCUGUGA